AUGAAGCUCUAUAUCCUCUCCCUCCUCCCCCUCGUCACGGCCCACUUCGACCUCAUCUACCCCCCAAGCAGAGGCUCAGACGAGUCCAAAAUGGCCACUUUCCCCUGCGGCGAUCUCUCCCCUUCCUCCAGCCGCACCCAAGUCUCCCUCUCCAACGGUUCUUUCCCCGUCGCCUUGAAACUCGGCCACGAUGAGACCGCCCUCGAGGUUUUGUUAUCCUUGGGCAAUGACCCUGGAACUAACUUUAACAUCACACUUGUGCCUACCUUUCAGGUACUCGGGCUGGGCGCGUUUUGUCUUGGUGAUGUACCCUUUGGUGAGGGUGUGUUGGGGACAAACGUGGUCGAUGGGAUGAAUGCUACAGUGCAGGUGCAGAGCAACGCUCAUCCGGUGGGGGGGUUAUAUGCUUGCGCCGACAUCCAAUUCUCAUCAACUACACAGUCCGAACAGCCCUCGUCUUGUACUAAUAACACGGGCAUCACUGCGUCGGCGUUUUCCGGUGAUGCUGCGCAUCGGAAUGCGAAUGAAUCGACUGCUGAGGGCCAGGCGCAGAGUGGGAGUUCGAAUGCGACUACCUCGAGUACGAGUGCUAGUGCAGACGCUGCUGCUGCUUUGCAGACGGUUUCUUGGGGUGUUCUUGGGGGUAUCUUUUUGGGCGGGAUUGCUGUGAUGUAG